AUGACCGCGACGCCUGGAACGUCUUCUUCAGAGCCGAAGGCCAUACAUCGUCUCAGCGAAAACCUCAUAAAUAAGAUUGCCGCUGGUGAAAUUAUCCACAGGCCUGCUUCAGCUCUCAAAGAGUUGAUUGAGAACAGCCUCGACGCAGGCUCCACGUCUAUCAAAGUUUCUGUGAAAGAUGGUGGAAUGAAGGUGCUGCAAAUUCAGGACAAUGGCUGCGGUAUUCGGAAAGCAGACCUCCCAAUACUCGCAGAACGGUUCACGACAUCGAAGCUGUCCACGUUUUCCGACUUGUCGCGCAUCACGACUUAUGGCUUCAGAGGAGAAGCGCUCGCGUCGAUGUCGCAUGUCGCCCACCUGACUGUUAUCACGAAGACAAAGAGCGAUACUUGUGCAUGGAAGGCCUCGUAUUCGGAUGGGAUUCUUGUCGACGCGAAGACAGGGCAGAAGUCAGAACCUCGACCUUGUGCUGGAAACGACGGCACUACUAUAACGAUCGAGGACUUGUUCUAUAACACGCCAACACGUCUCUCUGCUUUGAGAAGCACCUCGGAGGAAUACUCGCGAAUUCUUGACGUCAUCACGAAGUACGCUAUCCACAACCCGAAGGUUUCAUUUGUAUGCAAGAAAGCAGGGUCUCCUUCUCCCGAACUGUCGACCCCAUCGUCGUCGGACACUCCUACGGCAAUAAGGCUGCUCUACGGCCAUUCAAUCGCGAAAGAACUGCUACACUUCAAAAUUUCGUCGAACGAGAAACGACGGGCUGAGGAUGCCAUGGAUGAAGACGAGCCAGACGAUCCAGAAGCUUGGAUAGCAGAAGCCCACUUUACAAAUGCGAACUACCAAGCGAAGAAGUUUAUCUUUUUGCUUUUCAUAAAUCACCGACUUGUUGAAUCGCCUCGCAUGAAACGCGCUUUCGAAGCAGCGUACCAAAGCAUUCUGCCGAAAGGUUCGUCGCCGUUUAUGUACUUGAGCCUCCAGAUAGAUCCGCGGUCGGUGGACGUGAAUGUGCAUCCUACGAAGCGCGAAGUCCAUUUUCUAAACGAAGAAGCUAUCACAGAACGGAUCGCAGAUGCGAUUCAGGAGAACCUGGCUAAGCAGAGCCAUUCGAGGGCGUUUGAAUACCAGACGCUGCUAACAGGAGGGAUUAUGGGUGAAAACCCCUUAUCGAAGAAACGAAGUCGGAAGGAUGAUGAUGAUGAGGGUGACAAGCAGGAAGGAACAUCUCAAUCUGCCGAAGCGAAGCGCAAGACUUAUUCACACCAUAAAGUCCGCACAUCUCUUCAAGACCGCACUCUGGACUCGAUGUUUCCCGUUCCAAAUCCAUCUCAAGCACCGGCAGCUUCAGAUCCUACUGAGCCAACACCGAUUAAUGCACCGUCGAAGUCGCGAGAGAUCAGGGAGUCGGAAUGUUUCCUGACAUCGGUGAAGAAUCUUCGGAAGAGUAUUCUGAAAGGAAAACAUCGCCAAUUGACAGAAAUCCUGGAAAAGCACACCUUCGUCGGGAUUGUCGACCUGGAGAAGUGUUUGUCUUUGAUACAAUAUUCCACGAAACUCUACAUGGUCAACCAUGAUGCUCUAGCAGAAGAAUUAUUCUAUCAGCUAGGUCUGCGACAGUUCGGUGACUUCAGUCGAAUAAAACUAGAGCCAGCGCCUUCGAUACGUGCCAUGCUUCAGAUCGCGGUAGAAGCGGAGGAAAGCACGAAGAGUAGCAGUUUGACCAAGGAGCAGAUCGUGGAGCGCAUAGAGACGAUCCUGGUUGACCGGCGCGAGAUGCUAGCAGAGUACUUUUCAAUGACCAUUACAGAUACGGGCUUCCUUGAAAGCAUACCACUCCUCCUUCGUGACUAUAUACCCAACCUAGACAACCUACCGGGCUUCCUUAUGAGACUCGGUCCUCAGGUUGACUGGACUUCAGAAUCAGAGUGUUUUGAAACCUUUUUACGAGAACUUGCGUACUUCUAUACACCUAUAGCGUCAUUGUCCGAGGAUCAGCACAAAGCUGAGCGGUGGCAAAUCCAACACAUCCUCUUCCCUGCCAUGCGUCGAUAUUUGGUUGCUCCAAAAUCCUUGCUCGAUCGUGACAUUGUUCAAGUCGCCAAUCUCCCCGAUCUCUACAAGGUCUUCGAAAGAUGCUGA